AUGUUUCACAAGAGAGAGAAGGAAUACCGAUCUGCAGAUGUUCCUCCAACUAAGCGGCUGAAGGCGAACAUCGGAGAUCUCUUUUUAGCGAACCAGACAUCGGGACAAAGGGCUCAGGAGCUGUUCGAGGAUGCAAAUGCAGCUGGCCUUACUCAGGCCAAGGAGCUUUGCAAGGGCCUGGGCAGCGACUAUGCAGUCAAGCUGAUUCAGAGCCCGAAUGCAGCUCGCGACUUGUCUAGGAGGCUUUUGAAGCGAUGUCUAUGGCCUCAUGUAUACUUCGCUUCUAUUCCGGUACUGGAUUUGAAGAAGCAGACCGAAACAACAAUCGACCUUCCAUUUUUGCUACCCCAUGACCAUGCAUGCAAAAAGGAUUUGCUGCAACGAUCCGGCAUGUGCGAGGCCAGUUUGGCCCAUCUCUUGAAGAUGGAGCAAGAGUUUGAUGCAAGCGGGCUGGGUGAGGCCAACAAAGGCCUCAGGCUUCCGAUCACCGUCAUUCCCAAGCAUUUUUGCAUCAAGUUUCGAACUUUCGAUUGCAUUCUGGGAGUGGUGGCCUGGAGCAUGCAACAAGCAUGCAUGGGGAUCAUGCCCAGAAGAAGGCAUGAUGGCUCAGAGUGGUCGCAGGACUCUGAUGCAGCUAGGGCGAGAUGGGGUGGUUCCUCCAUAGGCCUGCGAAGCUUCUUACUGGAAGUAAGAGGAGACUGGGCAAUGCGAAAAGAUAUUUUUGCUUUUCCCGGCUGGAAAGAAAACACUGGGAUUUGUCACGUUUGCCGCUGCAACACGGAGACCAUGGACCAAUUUGAUGCUGAGGCUGAGUGGAAGGUUCAGCCUCCCUUGGAGCACUGGGAGCUGAUGGACAGGAUCAUGUUCAGAGGCAUGCACAUCAGCCAGGUGUUUGGUUGCCCUGGCCUGACUGCGAAGCAGAUCUUAUUUGAUUGGCUCCAUAAUUUCGAUCAAGGCAUCACCGCUGACUUUUUAGGAAAUGUUUUUUAUCACCUGAUUUCUCAAGAGGGUUACCUGCCAGGUACCAGCAGGCCUCAAAAGAUCAAAGAGCUGUACAAAAAACUCCGGCAGUACUACAGCUCAGAUGGCAACAUGAGCACAGACAGUCGGCUCAACACACUGACUGAAACGAUGAUCCGCAAGACGAGUACUUCCUCGCCGAAAUUGCGAGCCAAGGCAGCAGAGGCCAGAGCUUUGGUACCCUUUGUGCUGCAGUUGUGCCAGGAGGCUUUCCCUCCUAAUGCAUGCACUGAGAAAGAAGCUUGCAUCAGAGAAGCUGCCGUGAGAUUGCAGGAUUGUUAUGCCAUGCUGCAGAAUGACAGGUACAACCAGGAGGCCCUUGUGGCAUCUUGUACACAGUUUUGCCUUUUGGUGAAAGCCUUGCGAGAUCCGGAAGCAUGCUUCUGGAAGAUUAAACCGAAACACCACGGUGCCCUCGAGGUCUGCUUGCAGCAAGGAAGUCCCAGCCUCACGUGGACGUACAGAGAUGAGGACAUGGGCGGAUACCUUGCAAGCCUGGCCCGAUUGAAGGGCGGUUCGCACAACCCCAGAUCUGUUGCCUUCUCUGUCCUGCAGAGGUGGAGGGCCAAAGGCCUGCCACAUCUUAAUCCCAGCUGA